UCAGCAGAAGCCGUAUACCCAAUAAGAAAUUUCCCAAAAUUAUCUCUUCUUGUUACAAUAGUCCAACACAAUCUUGAAGGUCUUAGCAUCAAGAAAAUCCAAAAAAUAAAAAAGAGGAAGCUUUCUCCAAGAUUCAGAAAAAUGGCAGCAAUAAUCUCAUCUUCUGCUGCUGCUGCUGUUACAACUCUCUCUUUAUCCUUCUCAGCAAAACCCAUUUCAUCUUCUUCUCCUUCUCUGUUUGUUACAACACCCAAGAUUCAAACUUUAUGUUCCUCCAGCUCACUUUUCUUCAACAGCAACAGUGCACUGUUUCUGGGUCCUCCUAGAACUACAAGAAAAGUAAGCAUCAACAGAAAAAGGGGUCUUUCUUGUUACUGUUUAUUUGGGCUUGGAGUCCCUGAACUGGCGGUGAUUGCUGGUGUUGCGGCCCUUGUUUUUGGGCCGAAGCAGUUGCCUGAAGUUGGCCGCACUAUUGGCAAGACCGUCAAAAGUUUUCAACAGGCUGCAAAGGAGUUUGAAACCGAGUUAAAAAAGGAGCCUGAUGCCUCUGCUGAGCCCCCAGUCGAAAAGGCCAUAGAGGGUAGUCAAGAAGAGAAACAAGACCCAAAGGUUUCAAGCACCAAGGAGAGUUCAUAAAUGCAGUUUGCCUCUAGCUAUAGCUUUUAGUUUUUACUGUUUCUUCAGCAUGAUUGUUUCUUGUAUUUGACUAGUUGUAUUGAGCUAUUGUGUGUGAUAUACAUUCCUACGUUUUCCCUCAUUGACAGGUUAAGAUCAAAAUUAGGUAAGUUAUCAAUGCCUUA